AUGGAGUACUUGUCAGAGGAUCACUACAAGCUUCUCCUUAACAAGGAGUGGCUCGUCAGAAUAGACAGCGAGAAGUCCAUCCCCUAUCUAUUGAAAUUCUACUCGUCAACAGUAGACCAAUGCUGUUGCAUCAUGAUCACCGACACGAAAGGCGUGUGGGGUGAAGUGUUGUCGAGCAAGCAGUUUGCGCGGCGAUGGCGCGACUGCAACCCGCAGUCAUCGUCGAUGUUCAUCACGACAGAAGAAGAGGAUGAAUGGAGGACAAGCACUUUGGAACUCGUGUCGUCCGCACAUACUCUCGGCGGCAUUCUCGACCUAUCUUUCGACAUCGUCGAUUCGCGUUACGCGGAUUUUGCGUUUGAACUGGGAAGUGACGCGUUCAAAUGGCGAUGGGAGACCUACAACGUCGGGCCCAAAGUCUCAGCUGAUCUGAUAUCCAAACACCUCAUCAUGCCUCUGAUCAGCGUUACCCAUCUUGCGUUCUCCUCUGCAGAUACUAUCAGCGAAUUGUCGGAGGUCAACCUUGAGAAGGCAGUGGACAAAGUCGGGAGAACUGCCAGGCGGACAGUGGAUACGCAUGUAAAAAAUGCGAUUUCUAGGCCCCGUGUCGCGACCACACUGCGCCGUAUGACAGCCAUCUUCAAUUUCCUUCCGGAGCUCCCUUCUAUCUCCUCGAGCGUGGAGAGACCCAACCUCCUUUCACCACCGCAAAGGUCACGAGCCCCUUCGAAGCCUCCACAGGACCGGCUUUUAGGGUCUCCGGUCGUCCCCGCUCAUGGUACGCGGCCAUCCGCUCGGUUUCCUCCCGGGUCACAGUCUCCAUCCUCCCAAAAUUUGCCGCCAAAGCAGGCUGCAGAUGACGACUCUGCUACGGAGCAGUCUGAUGAUGAUGUGCCACCUCCCCAAAAAGAGAAGGGUAAGGCCAAAGAUUUGAAGGUUCAAAACCAUAUCUUGCCGAGCGCCCUUGCUUCGCGAUCAGGCUCCCCUACACGUGUUAGCUCUAAGUCCCAGCCCACCCCUGAUAAAUCUGGUUCCCAGGAGCAAGCCCCGGGGGACGGCUCGUCUCCUGAACCAGUCUCCAAGAGAGUUAAACGCGCCCCCGUGGUGUCAUCAAGUGACGAAGACAGCGAAGCAGAGCGCAGAAGACGGGUAGUGCAGAUCAAAGGGGGCGUGCAACGAGGGGCUAAACAACCACUGAAGCGUGGAGGAAGACGGUUCUGA